UGUAAAGUGUAAACACAACGGCGAAUGGCGGCAAUGGCGAACGUCGAUGGCGAAUAGUCAAUUAAUUUGUGCUAAUUCGUUGAUAGCAGCUGACGAAACGAAAAGGUAAAGGAGAAAGGAAGUGGAUAUCUUGGAUGCGAGAGACGAGCGCGAGCAGUGAACCGGUAAUCGCUACGAUACGCAUCUGCGUGAACGAGGGGGAUUGGGAGGAAGAGGGAGAUCGGCAAGAAAACAACAUAUGGACGCAUUUGAGGUAGAUGAAGAUUCCAAAGUUAAAUAUUCACGAGAGACAAAGUAAGGCAAAGAACUUCGAGAAGGCACCUUCUCGCGUCAAAUCGGAUACGAUUGCCCUAUACGAUUCAUAUUUAACAAUAAAAACUGUAGCUGUUGAACAUUUGAGAUCUGCAGUUGGAUCCAUCAUUGUAUACAAGGAAGCGUGAAUUUGUGAGAGCCAUAUUGUUUAUUGUUCGAUACUACUACUUGUCGCAUUAAACAUAUACCAACAUGUUGACGGAACAGAAUGUGAUUAUGGAACUAACUGGUUCUAAUGAUACAGUGAUUGGUUUUAUUACUACCGAUGACGGUCAUGCGCUACUGAUAGUAGAUGAUUUUUUUUCAGAACGUGAGGACGGUACACUGGAAUUUAUGACAACACCAAUCACAUUUAUGCCACAGAAUAACAUGGUAUCUCCAACAUUGAUAAAGACGGAGGACGGAAAUUUUAUUUUACAUUCGCCUAUUUUCCAAAUGAAUGUGCAGGGUCUGUCGGGAACUGCGAUGCAACAAACAAAUCUACUGCCACGGAUGCAAUAUUUAGAAACUAGAUCUGCAAUUACGGAACAAUUAAAAGUACAAGAUACGAAUGAAUGUGCAGUUACAGAAUAUCUAUUACCUAUUAGAGAUAAUAGCAGUGUGUUAUCAGACAAAGGACAAUUGACAAUUAACAAUCAUACUAAAAGCAAAUCUACGCCUGUAUUUAAUACCAUACAAAACGUCUACAAAAGAUCUCCAGGGAGACCAAAGAAGAACGAAGUAAAUCCGCAAAAUACGCAGUUUCUGCAGUGUGAUAUAUGCAGUCAAAAAUUUACUAAACAAGCAUUAUACCGUAAACAUAUGGAAAAUCAUGCCGAAGAAAAACCGCAUAGAUGUCCUAAAUGUCCAGCAUCAUUUAAUAUUCCAACAAAUUUCACGCUUCAUAUGGCAACGCAUAAUACCGGUGACCCAAAAUGCCCCGAAUGCGGUAGGAAAUAUGCUAGAAUGGCGAGUCUCAAGUCUCAUAUGUUGCUGCACGAAAAGGAGGAAAAUCUCUUUUGCACGGAGUGUGAGGAUGCCUUUUCGACGAAGGCCCAAUUGGAUGCGCAUUUAAAACUUCAUGGAGAAAAGUGGGCGAGCGAGGAUGUGCGGAAAUGCAAAUUAUGCAACAAACAAUUCGUGCAGCCUGCACUCUACCGAAUGCACAUUCGCGAGCAUUACAGGACGAAGAUAGUAAAGCAAACUAAGAGAGGAACGAAACAUAAAACAAUGUACAAAUGUACCAUAUGUUUGAAGACUUUCCAAAAACCGAGCCAAUUAAUACGACAUAUCAGAAUACACACCGGAGAAAAGCCCUUUGAGUGUACCGUCUGCAACAGGGCGUUUACGCAAAAAAGUUCGCUACAAAUCCAUGCAUGGCAACACAAGGGCAUUCGGCCACAUGCCUGCAGUCUCUGUAACGCCAAGUUUAGUCAGAAAGGAAAUUUAAAGGCGCAUAUACUCAGAGUGCACAAUGCACCAGAAGGUGAAUCAACGUAUGCGUGUUCCUAUUGUUCCUGCGUCUUUAAGAGGCUGGGCAGUUUAAAUGGACACAUAAAGCGAAUGCAUUCUGUUACCUCGGAGGAAUUUAGCGCAAAAUCCUCAGAAACUAAUCCUAUCUCGUCGGAAGCUGAAAUGCGCGCGACCGUCGACAGUGUUAUAUCACAAUUGGCAUCUUUGGAAUCCGUUGUGAAUAAUACAACAGAUUCCACAAGAACUACGACCUUAAGUGCGGAACAAAAUGAUAUUUUGCAACAGGCAUUAAAAAACAGCGGUUUACCAAACAAAAACGAUGUCAUUCUGAAAGAAACCGCAGAACCAAAAAAGACUGAUUCAUCAACGUCGUAUGUCACGCUAGUAGACAGAACUGCUGGUGGUACUUCGAGGAAGUAUCUCACUAUAAAACAACGCUGCGUAGGAAAUGUACGGUGGUAUGCGUGUUCAUUUUGCCCAAAAGAAUUCAAAAAACCGUCGGAUCUGAUACGUCAUUUGCGCGUACACACUCAAGAGAAACCCUUCAAAUGUAUGUAUUGCGUGCGUUCUUUUGCGCUAAAAUCGACAAUGAUAGCGCAUGAGCGGACUCAUACUGGAGUGAAGAAAUACGCCUGCGAGUCCUGCGACAAAACCUUUGCGUGUCAUAACAGUCUUACCGCUCACACAAAAUUACACACGAAACCGCACAAGUGCAAUAUAUGCGACAAAUCAUUUAGCGCAAGCACGAUUCUAAAAAAUCACAUGAAAAGCCACACGCGGGAGAAGCCCAAGAUAUCGCCGGAGGCGGAAAGUUUGGUGCCACAAGUGGUACUGCAAGAACCACUUGUCAUUAGUGACGCUGGUAAUAAAAUCAGCGUGGCACAGGUGCAGUCAAAACAAAAACAAUUAUACGAAAAUGUCGGCGUGACCAGGCCGCACGAAUGUUGGGUUUGUCACGCGGCGUUCAGGAAAGUUAGUCAUUUGAAGCAACAUUUUCGCAGGCAUACAGGCGAACGUCCUUACAAAUGUUCCAAAUGCGAUAGGAGAUUCACAUCGAACAGUGUUCUGAAAUCUCACUUACAUACGCACGACGAUACGAGGCCAUACAGUUGUUCUGUGUGCGACACGAAAUUCUCCACACAGAGCAGCAUGAAGAGACAUUUGGUCACACAUAGCAAUAAAAGGCCAUACAUGUGUCCAUACUGUCACAAAACGUUUAAAACAUAUGUCAAUUGCCGAAAGCACAUGAAGAGACACAAACACGAACUGGCACAACGGCAAUUGGAAGAACAAAAGAUGCAAGCUCAGAAAGAUUCACAGCCUUCGAGCGAAGCUAAGGAAGCUACAUCAUCAUUACCGGAGAGCAUCACUCUCACCGAAGAUAUGGAGGUGUCCUUUCAACCGCAAAUGGCACCAGAUUUUACGCAGGCUUUCUCUGAUCAGUUUCAAAAUAUCAACACGGAGAAAGAAAAAUCCUUUUUACUACCGGACAAUACAACGCCAUCGAUAGUGAAUCAAAAUUUAUCUGUCGACACAACUAAUUUAGGAACGUCGCAAACUUUACAUGCCGAUGAAACUGGUACUAUCACGUUACCUAAUUACUCAGGGGAUCAAACUUUCACGCCGGAAAGUAUACGAGAGAUAGAAGAAACUCUAAAUCAGCAGUUAUUCAACAUGGGCAUGAAUCUCGAACUGGGAACAAACAAUUUGCCGAGGCAGAUGGACGAAGCGAACACAAAUUCCAGAGAACAGCCAGUGCUCAAUAUUAUAUAUGAACACAACAAAUCUCUGGAAUCGUCAGGCAAUACCAUAUUCAUGUCGCAAUUUGAUUCAUUUGAUAUGAACCAAAUAACAUUGCAGACGGAUAAUGAUAUAGACAUUGGUUUAAAUCCGAGCAACUCUAUGAGUAUGUCCAGUAUUUUGCCCAGAUCCAUGGGAAGUCAACAAGAGAAACAAGCUAUUCCAGUUACUACAACUAGCAAUAUAGACACUUCUCAAAUUACGAGAAAUACUCAUCUGGUGGUAAUAAAUCCUAAAGAAAAUUGUUCGGAAUUAAUGAGACUUUCGCAAGUAUGCCCGUCAAAGUACUCAAAAGUCAUCGCGAAAGCGGAUACCACAAAUGGAUCGGAGAUGCAAAGCAUGAAUGAGCAUGAAAAGGCAUCACAAAAAAGUAAUGUUAAGUCGUGUGAAAACGAAAGAAAUUUUUUUAUGAAGAAUUUUCAAAGUACAAUGCCAUCGAAGACACUUAUUUCAUCUGGCAUAACGGACAACUCAGCCAAAAUAUCGCAAUGUAACACUCUGCUGCAAUGUCACGUAUGCGGCGAUCAAGGUUUCACGACAGAGAGAUUGAAGGAACAUUUGAAAUCUCAUCGCGGUGACAAAGAGUAUGAAUGUUCCGAGUGUUCCCAGCGAUUCUGCACGAACCGCGGUCUCAGUAAGCACCUGAAGAUGCACAUGAACAAGCAGCGAUGGAAAUGCACGAUAUGUCAGAAAGUACUGGAUAGCAAACUGCAAAUGAAAUAUCACAGCAAAAUGCACACCACAACUUGGAAUGUUUCGUCUAUGGAACCGGAUAGCUCUCAGAAGAAUGUUAUUUCCUCGAGUUCCGGUUUACCAUCCGAUCUAACAACGCUGGAUGUCCGAGCAGAUUCAAACCCGUCUGUUUCUGAGAAGGUUUUGAUGGCCGCAGUCGCCGAGAAAAAAAGCAUGGACCGCGCUGAUGAAAAUAUAGUGAAGAAAGAAAUAAAGGAAUACACUAAUAAAUGCAAGUACUGCCCGAAAACUUUCCGUAAACCAAGCGAUCUCAUCAGGCAUAUUCGCACGCAUACGGGUGAACGACCUUACAAGUGUGAUCACUGCAACAAAAGCUUCGCGGUCAAGUGUACUUUGGACUCGCACAUGAAGGUUCACACGGGCAAGAAGACGUUCUGCUGCCAUGUCUGUAGCAGCUUGUUCGCUACAAAGGGCAGUUUGAAGGUUCACAUGCGAUUGCAUACAGGUUCAAAACCAUAUAAAUGUCUCGUGUGUGAUCUUCGAUUCCGUACUUCGGGUCACAAGAAGGUACAUAUGUUGAAGCAUGCAAGAGAGCAUAAGGGUGGCGUAAAACGCAAGCCGAAACACUCCAAGAUCGCUGCGGUGGCGGAAGCAGCGGCGAGCCUUGAAAAACUCGGCAAUAGUUCUCUUGAUAAUGCAACAACGACGACUGCCAUAAUCAACGAUGAAGCUGCGCCGUCGCAGAAUCUGAAUUAUUCCACGUUAGAGCAAACAGUGAAUCUCGGUACUGCGGUUCAUCUGCCGAAUCAAAUCGCGUUUAAUCAUACCGACACCACGACAAUCCUCAAUAACAAUUCUAUACUAUCUGUGAACGAAAACAACGAACUAGUCGCGAAUCUGCAGUUUUUGUUGGCAAAUGGUCUCGUAACUUUUCAAACGGACGAUACCCUGCUGACGCAAUCAACGACAAACAGUUCCGAUGCUACCGGCGCCGGAAUGCCAACUAACAUGAUCGAGUUAGUUAAUCCGGAUCCUUUUCAGGAAGCUUGCAACUUGGGUAACACCAAUCACGUGGUGAUAAGUCAGGUGCCAGGGGAGACAACGACCGCGGAUACGAGCAACACGGCAGUUAUUCAAAUGAACAAUUGUAUGCCUCCUGUGCCUAUGGUACAAAUUCAGACUCAAGAUACAAAUAGCGUCGGUGUGUUUGAAGCAAAAACGAGUAAUCAAACAACGACAGUAACUAUGGCGAAAGCUUCGGCGCAGCCUUCCAAUAAGGAGUGCGAUGUAUGCGGAAAAACAUUCAUGAAACCGUAUCAAUUGGAACGACAUAAACGUAUUCAUACAGGCGAAAAACCGUUCAAGUGCGAACAGUGCGGCAAGUCGUUUGCGCAAAAAUUUACGCUGCAUCUACAUCAACAACAUCACACCGGUGAUCGGCCGUAUUCUUGUCCGCACUGCAAGCGCCUUUUCACGCAAAAAUGCAACUUGCAGACACAUCUGAAACGCUUCCAUCAGACGGUCAUGCUCGAUGUUAAAAAACUGAAGAGUGGCCAGCAGAUGCUGGGCACACUUCUACAAGACAAUCAAGGCGCCACUACCAAGCUGCUAAAUCUGGACGACAUACUGGUGGUAGAUUUUCUCAAGUAAAUAUCUUAAAAGAAGUUCUUUCGAGAAAAUCAACCCUGUGACUUGCAAGCAAAUCGCUUGUAUGUAUAAUAUAAUGUACUAAUUAAAAACGUGCCACUGAUAAAUUUAUCGAUGAUUGAA